AUGAAAGCAUUGACGCUAUUUCCAAUAAUUAUUUCUGCCUGGAAUCUUCCGCCAGGAUGGGUCGAGAGAAAAAAUGAAUUCAUGAGAAGAGUCAAUGGAGAGGAUCCAAUGGGGUGGUGGAUGAAGCCUGCUUCCUUUCCUCUUCAGGAAGAUAAGCACGCGGAAUUGAAGCAAGAAGCGGGAAAAAGGCUGGAAAUUUAUGAUGCGAUAGAUUUUAUCAAAGAUACUGAAAUCGUCAAGGAGCUGGAUGAAACAUAUCCAAUUGGGCCAAUCGUUGACAUCAUCGACGACGCAGUUGUCUUCCCAAGAGAAGAAAACGAAGAAAGCUCUGCGAUCCUCCCAACAACUGGUUUCCUGCAUAUAAUGACUCUGGCUCUCAUAGUUCUUUUGAAAUAA